CGGUGUCCGAUGUGGUGUACGACGCGAAUAGACGAGGUACGGUGUCCGGUUUGGUGUACGACGCGAAUAGACGAGGUACGGUGUCCGGUGUGGUAUACGGCGCGAAUAGACGAGGUACGGUGUCCGGUGCGGUGUACGACGCGAAUAGACGAGGUACGGUGUCCGGUGUGGUAUACGGCGCGAAUAGACGAGUUACGGUGUCCGGUGCGGUAUACGACGCGAAUAGACGAGGUACGGUGUCCGGUGCGGUAUACGGCGAGAAUAGACGAGGUACGGUGUCCGGUGCGCUAUACGAUGCGGCAAAAGAAGAAGUGA